CGCUCUUUUUGCCGGGCAAUAUGUAUCUGUCACGUGACAAUGUUGUCGCCCAUAUUGUUAGGGAAAUAUUUCCAGUAGCGACAGUAGCGAGUAAUAACUCUUUACCUAGCCAAAUUUGUCGCCUUUUCAAGUUGUGUUUGAUUGAUGCAAGGAGCAAAUUCUUUGAUGAUUUGUGUGUAGAGCCAUGAGUGAAGACUGUCCGCGGAGAGGCAUUACUUUCCAGUGCGGAUUGGCCCGGGAAACUUACGGUUUUGAAGGAAAGGACCUCUCGGCCUUGAAAGAGUUGGCGUGUUCUUUCCUCGAUCAAAAGUUUCCAGAAAACUCCUGCAUUGGGAUAGCAGAUAAAGUCAUCUUGUUCUUUCACAACUACUCCACAACAAAUAUUUUGACGAAAUUAACCAGUGUGGAACAGUUGAAAGAAGGAUCUGUUAUUGAAGUUGUUGUUUCAGCAAAAGUACCAGAUGAUGGGACUGUCAUUCGACCUCAUCAGCUAAUAGUUCACUCCUAUAGGUCUCCAACAUUCUGUGACUAUUGUGCUCAGAUGUUGUUUGGUCUCAUAAGACAAGGACUCAAAUGUGAAGGAUGUGGUGGUAAUUUUCACAAGAGAUGUGCAUACAAGAUACCCAAUAAUUGUAACGGCUUAAGGCAUCGCACCAGUACUGCAGCACUGAAUGCUGCUCCUCAUUCAAAUACCCUGCCAAGGCCAGCUUCUCAGGUUGGGGGUUGGAACGAUUCGUCAUUCUUGAUCCACCAAUCAAGUUCUUUUAAUGAUAGCAUUCCUUCAUCAAAAGAGAGACGAGCAACUUGGAGUGGACGACCAAUAUGGAUAGACAGAGCGAUAUCGGGCAGAAUCCAGAUUCCACACACAUUUGCCGUUCAUUCAUACAAGAAGCCUACAGUCUGCCAGAUCUGCAAGCGUCUGUUAAAAGGCUUGUUUCGUCAAGGUGUUCAAUGCAAAGAUUGUAAGUUUAACUGCCAUCGAAAAGGGUGCGCCGAAAAGGCACCAAAGAAUUGUCUGGGUGAAGUGUCAUUUCUAGAGACAGGUUCACUAGGUUCCACUGAUUCAAGUGCCAUAUCAGAAAAUUUUUCUGAAAUGGAUCUAAGUAAUGAUAUUCCAGACGAGCAUGAGUAUAGCGAGAAUGAAACCGAGGCUGAGUCGACAAGCCGCAGUAGCCAGGAAGAAUUUGAACCCACGAGUCCUUCAUCGCCAGACUAUGAAUUGCCGCAGUUGACCCCAACAAUGAGUAACAACAUCCCCCUACAGAGGAUAGUAGUGUCUGUUAAGCACACGAAGAGAAAAGGAUCUAAAGUGCUAAAGCAGGGAUGGAUGGUGCAUUUUACCAGCAAGGAUACUCAGAGGAAAAGACACUACUGGAGGCUAGAUACAAAGUGCUUGACACUAUUCCAAGACUCUACAAGCAACAGAUAUUACAAGGAAAUUCAGCUGUCUGAAAUACUGUCAGUUGAUUCCAACAUUGACCCUCUAGCAACAGAUGCCACACGGGCUCCGCACUGUUUUGAAAUGAAGACAAGAGACAUGGUGUACUAUGUGGGACAAGUUGAAGACGAGAAUGAGACACCUGACCCAGAUAGUGGCAUCGGGGCAGUGGCAGGCCAGGCUUGGGCUGGUGUCACCCGCUCUGCUCUGAUGCCAGGCUGUGUCACUCCGACGACAAGUGUUGCUCCAUCAAGUAACAGUGUUGUGAGCAAUCCUGAUGUAGAGAUGGAAGUAACGCAUGAGGAGGAGAAGGUUAAGGAUGCUCCACUGGACAUCAGUCAGCUGUAUCAAGUAUUUCCUGAUGAAAUUCUUGGAUCAGGACAGUUUGGAAUUGUAUAUGGAGGCGUUCAUCGUGAAAGUGGACGAGAUGUAGCUAUCAAAGUCAUCGACAAACAACGCUUCCCAACCAAACAAGAAGCACAGUUGAAGAAUGAAGUCGGAAUUCUCCAGCACGUCAAUCAUCCUGGUGUUGUGAAUUUAGAAGAGAUGUUUGAAACUCCAGAAAGGGUGUUCGUGGUUAUGGAAAAAAUGAAAGGUGACAUGUUGGAACUUAUUUUGUCAAGUGCCAAGGGAAGACUGGAUGAGAGAUGUACAAAAUUCCUCAUAACACAGAUUUUAGUUGCUUUGAGAGAUCUUCACCUCAGGAAUAUCGUCCACUGUGACCUGAAGCCCGAGAAUGUAUUGCUUUCGUCAUUAUCAUCUGAAUGUGGUUUCCCACAGAUCAAACUGUGCGACUUCGGCUUUGCCCGGAUAAUCGAAGAGAAAUCGUUCCGUCGUUCUGUGGUGGGAACCCCAGCGUACCUCGCCCCCGAGGUUCUACUUAAUAAAGGAUACAACAGGUCGCUCGAUAUGUGGUCGGUUGGUGUCGUCGUGUACGUAAGUUUAAGUGGUACGUUCCCGUUCAAUGAAGAGGAAGAUAUUCAAGAUCAAAUUCACAAUGCUGCGUUUAUGUACCCUCCUGACCCUUGGCAGGAAAUUUCGCCGGAAGCCAUUGACCUUAUAAACAACCUCUUACAAGUCAAGCAACGCUGUCGCUAUACGUGUGAUAAGUCGCUUAUUCACCCGUGGCUUCAGGACUACCAGACCUGGUUGGACCUCAGGAGUCUGGAAGCGGUUGUGGGCGAACGUUAUCUUACUCACGAAAGCGAUGACGCUAGGUGGCAGGCGUAUGGCGAACAGCUAAAAGCGCGCCAAACCAGAGAACCACCGCGGGAAGCCGCGCGACCGAGCAAUAACAGAUUUUUCCCCCCAGUUUCACCAACGGAGCGCAGACUUCAAACAAGUAUCAGCUUCUUGUGAGAAAGAACUGGCCAUCAUUAUCACUAAAUAUCAUUAAUUAGUUAACAAAUUAACUAACCAAAUAAUUAGUUAAUUAAUUACCUUAAAUGAACACUCCUAACGUUUUAACACCCGGAAAAAGUACUGCGAUCAAAUUAGUUUCGCUUUUUGCGUUGUUUUUCAGUUUUCAGUGUGGAUUGAAAGAUCCCGUAAGUCUAACGGGUCCCAGUUUUUGAGCUAAAGCAUAGGGAGGGGUGGGUGGGGUAAGAUUUAUCUAUGUAAUUUCAUAUUUUGCCGAAAUUUCACUCAGAAAAUGUUAAUGUUCCAAUUUAAUAACCGGUAAAUGAGUAACAAAAUUUAAUGCACACAGUUGCUUAUAUAUUGUAUUUUAUCAAGAAUUGUCAACGAAUAAUUUUAAAAACAGCAACGCUUUCCGUCGUAAGUUAUUUGUAGGUUUGUUGCCUGUUAAUGUUUUUUAAAGGGAGACAGUUUGUGACGUCUGUGAGCUAUGGAAGAUAAUACGCGUUGCCCUUAUACAUCCGAAUGGAAAGAAUGGAAACUAGUUGGAAUUGUUUGAACGUGAUCUAUCAACAGUUUGGAGGUCUGGGACAAGUCGAGUUUCGUGAUUGGUUUAAAAAAGCACGUACAACGUGCUUUGACCAAUCAAAAUAAAGAUAGUUUUCAAUUGGCUUUUUCAAGUACUUGCCAUGAUGCGUCCGGCUGGCAAACGACUUUGCUCUUAAGUUAUAACGAUCACUCUUGUAAUAUAACAGAUAAGUUACCGCGAGUUUUUAAAAGACACCUUAUGUAACAGGUUCGUUGGUGCUAAGUCGCCAUAGCGGUCCUUAUCCAAACCAGAGGAGCCAAGUUCUGGCAGAUAUUUAACUUUUGUAUCUUACUGUGAGUGGUCCCCGCGAAACAUUUGCGUUGCGGCACUCGAUACACAGUAGCUUUAGUAAAUAGAGGUCUCUCGUAGCGCGCUGUUUUCUUUUCCCGCUCGCGAGUUUGUCUGCAUUCCGUUCUGAUGACGUAGCUAUUAAGCAGUCCGUGUUGUAUCUCCGUCUCUGAUUGGUUGAAUUCGAUUUCGCGCGCAAGAAACAGCCAAUCAGAAAUGGUAUCAUAUAACUCUGUAGGGGUUCGUCGUCACAAUGAAAUGUGCGGGUUAAUAUUAGCAUCUCUCGAGCAGAAAAGAAUUGCGCACUCAAGGGGAGACGCCUAUUUAUACAGCUACAGGAAUACAGCUUACUUUAUCCAAUAAAGUUAAGGAGUCUUUAGGUUUUCGAAAGUAAGACCACGCGUUAUUCAUCAGACCUGGAUCACUACUGAGAAAAAAAAAACAAAACAAAAGUUCAUGUACAGUGCAAUCCUUAAAAUGCGCGGAAGUUCGAGGAGUUUUAUAGGAAAGUGUACUAUUGCAAAAUAAACUAGUUUUCCGUCA